CAACAAACGCCCAAAAACGUAGAAGAAGCAGCGCAAUUUGACGCAGUGUGGAAGUCCUGAAGAGUACGACGUCCGACUUUUAAGGUUGAUUUAUCUGAGCGCAUGUGUGCGGGCAUGUCAGGCAGCAGGCUGAUGAGAGCCAUCAGAGUGAGUGAGUUCGGAGCUCCGUCAGUCCUCAGACUGCGCUCUGACGUGACUGUCCCUCAGCCCGGGCGCACACAGGUGUUGAUCCGUGUCCAUGCCUGUGGAGUGAACCCUGUGGAAACUUACAUCCGAGCUGGGACGUAUGCAAGGAAACCCACCCUGCCUUACACACCUGGCUCUGAUGUAGCAGGAGUGGUGGAAUCAGUUGGAGAAGGAGUGACUGCAGUGAAGGCAGGGGAUCGUGUGUUCACCACAGCUACAGAGACUGGAGGCUAUGCAGAGUACACUGUAGCAGCUGGCGACUCUGUUUACAAGCUGCCUGAUGCUUUAGACUUCACACAGGGAGCAGCCAUCGGGAUCCCAUACUUCACCGCCUACAGAGCUCUGAUCCACAAAGCGCACGCCAAGGCUGGAGAGACCGUUCUUAUCCAUGGAGCCAGUGGAGGGGUGGGCAUUGCAGCCUGUCAGUUGUCCCGUGCUCUGGGUCUUCAGGUUUUUGGGACAGCAGGGACACCAGAGGGGAUGAAGUUAGUCCUUAACAAUGGAGCUCACCUGGCCUUUAAUCACAGACAAGAAGGAUACACAGACAAAAUCAUGGAAGCCACAGAGGGCCGAGGUGUAGAUGUGAUAGUGGAGAUGCUGUCAAAUGUCAACCUCAGUAAGGACCUCCAGAUGCUGGCCUAUGGAGGGCGAGUGAUGGUUGUUGGCUCCAGAGGAUCUAUAGAGAUCAAUCCCAGAGACACCAUGGUUAAAGAGAGCAGCAUAGUGGGAGUGGCCCUUUUCUUUGCAACACCGGUACAAAACAACAGCAAAAAAAUUGAGGAGUUGAAGGAGUGUGGAGCUCUACUGUAUGCAGGGAUGGAAGCUGGUUGGUUGCGUCCGGUCGUCAGUUCCCAGUAUCCGCUUGAAAAAGCUGCCCAGGCCCACCAUGAUAUCAUCGAGUCUCCCGGGGCUGCUGGGAAGAUGGUCCUGACUAUGUGAUGACACGACCAUGUAAUGGGUCACAGUUCACCUUUACAGUUUUUACAGUUCAGGCUGUUUUUAAAUGGGUGAUACUUCAAUAAAAAGUUUCAGGAACAGUUAA